CUUCGAGUGCUAAUGUAUAACUUGGUCAUUGGGACUAGUCUGUCGCUGGUUGUGUGAAGACUAGCUUUCGUCCGUCUCGUGCCUUCGUGCCGACCGCCGCUCUGCCCCGUCGAGUUUUCUGAUAUGUUUAUCCCUCUUACCCUCUCUUCUCCCCUUUCAGCUCCUCGCCGCUCGCCUACGAGGUCGUCGCCGAACGACGAUCCGAGUCUACGCGCCUAGUCGCCGCGACAUUAGGUCGAGAUCUCCCCUCCGGUGCUGACGCUCUAAACAAGAGUGUCCCCGCCGCCGCUACAUUGUCUCCCCCACCCUGGACUGCACCGGCAGACUUCACGCGUGGGACACAGAAGACCAAGACCACUGUCACCGACGGAAGGACCUAGACGACGGACUCUGGUACUGGGUACCGUGCAAGCAAAACCCCUGCCUGAACCGUCAUCACCGUCCUGCGCGGAUCAACUGGAACGCCUUUGCGGACGAGUUCAUCCCAGUCCCUGACUCCCCCAUCGCUGAGUCACCCACGACUCGAUCCCCCAUCCCCGGCACUCCGACCGACGAGCUUAAAGUAGCGCUACUCAUCGCGCUUCCCCCAUCCCCUAUCAUCCCCCCAACCCGUCCACCGUCCGCUCCACCCAUCAUGGGACAACAAGGCGGACAACCGCAGACGACAGGCCCCGCCAACAACCCCCAGCAGACCCAACCGGGCACCCAGACGGCAACACAACCCCCGGACCCCAUGACGGUCCUACUCCAAUCGAUGACCCUCCUCACCCAGUCCAUGGCGCAGCUCGCCAACUCGACCACCGGGACCAACAGCGUGAAGGCGGUUCAGAAGCCCUCUCUCUUCAAAGGCGGACAGGGGGGCGAAGCACGACGCUUCCUGGCCGCGUUCACUCUCUGGGCCAUGUCCCAAGGAUCAACGCUCAACCACGUGGACGCCACGGGCAACACGAUCAGCGCACACGAUGACCAGUGGAUUCGGGCAGUCCUCUCCUUCAUGCAGGACAGUGCGGCUCUCUGGGCCACUCCGGCGAUGGAGGAGAUCACGCAGGGCACCACCCCGUUCAAAGGCUUGUGGACGGAGUUCCGCACCCAGUUCAAGGCCCGAUUCGAGACGGUCGACGAGGCGGUCGAUGCGAAGGAACGCCUCCGUACGUUGUGGCAAGGCUCCAUGACUGUUCCGGAGUACGCCGCACGGUUCAACGAGCUCUCCACCCGUACGGGCUACUCCAAGGCCGACCUCCGAGACUGCUUCUACGAACACCUGGCGGACUCCAUCAAGGACGAGUUGGUGCACACAGCGAGGCCCAUCGCUUCUCUCGAAGACCUCAUCACCGUCCGACAUCGACGUCCGUGUCCGCCAACGCCGUGCCGAACGGGAUCGUCAGCGCGGACGCACCACCACCACCACCACCGCGGCCAAGCCGGCUGUUCCGCUGCAUACCACCCCCUUCACGCCGCCUGCCCGGGACCCGAACGCAAUGGACAUCGACGCGAGUUCAACCGCCUCAUGCACGGCAAGUGCUACGGUUGCGGGUCUACGGCGCACGUCAAGAAGGACGGUGGCCACAAUCGGGACAUCUGCGGCUACUGUCGCCGUGUAGGGCACCGCGAGACAGUGUGCAUGGACAAGUUCCUGAAGAAGCCCCGUUCGCAGAAGCUCGCUGCCACGGAGGAGGGACCUGAGGAACCCCAGGUCGCAGCAUCAACAUCGACGUCUGCGGACGCCGGAGCAACCAACGCCCUCAUCGCGCAGCUCAUGGAGCAGCAGAAGGCCCUCGCGGACCAGCUUGCCUCUCUGCAGAAGUCUUUUUAGAGCGAGCGCGUGCGAAAGCUGCCGCAGCAGCGCCCUCCAGUAUGAGUACGGACUCUUCGCCUCCGCAGAUCCCUGACCCCUGCCUGUACGAUAGUGUUAGUUCGUGUAUCAUUCCCGAAUUAAACCCAUCCAGCUCGCAUUUCCGCGUCAGUGUGAUACUUAAAGGCAGAAACCGUAGUGUACGUUCCGCAGCUAUGAUAGACAGUGGGGCACGGCCCUUUUCAUCAGCCACCGUUUCGUAAAGAAGAACAACGUCUAUUUACAUAGGCUAGCUAGAGAUAUCCCCCUCUACAACAUC